CUCGCCCUUGCCCACGCGCCCGCCCGCCCUCCUUCGGCGUUACAGGCGGCCACCCUGUGAAUGUCAUUGAGGGUGGAUGUGCCACUCUGCUCGCCGCCGCCCCCGCCGCCGCCGCUGAAAAGGCAUUCGGGAGCUGGCAGCCUUUGUGGGGGCAGACCGCGUCGCAGGCAAGCCGAGAGUCACGACGUCCGUCGCCGCUACAAAGGAGCGAGCCCUGCCAAUGUCCUCAGCCAUCGAAAGGAAGAGCCUCGAGCCCUCCGAGGAGCCAGUGGAUGAGGUGCUCCAAAUCCCCCCUUCCCUGUUAACAUGUGGAGGUUGUCAGCAAAACAUUGGGGAUCGCUAUUUCCUUAAAGCCAUUGAUCAGUACUGGCAUGAAGAUUGUCUCAGCUGUGACUUAUGUGGGUGCCGACUUGGAGAAGUGGGAAGGAGGCUGUAUUAUAAACUGGGCAGAAAGCUCUGUCGAAGAGACUAUCUCAGGCUUUUUGGCCAAGAUGGUCUCUGUUCCUCCUGUGAGAAGAGAAUCCGAGCCUAUGAGAUGACCAUGAGAGUAAAGGAUAAAGUGUACCAUCUGGAAUGCUUCAAGUGUGCUGCUUGCCAGAAACAUUUUUGUGUUGGUGACAGAUACCUUCUCAUAAACUCAGAUAUAGUAUGUGAGCAGGACAUCUACGAGUGGACUAAGAUCAAUGGGAUGAUAUAAUUCACUUGUGCCUCAUAGUCUCCAAAAUACAUUUCAUGAGUGACAUAUAUAUUUAGCUAUGGUGAGGUUAUUGCUCACAUCUAUAUGCUUUCUCUAAGGAAGGGGGCAAUGGAACAGGAUGCACAGGCAUCGCAUCAUGUACAAGUGAUGAUUGGAGACUGGCAUAAUAGCAGACAAAUUUAUUUCUUUUAGCAAAUAUGCUUUGAUGAUAAACUGACAUUAUUGGAGAUAAUG